AUGCCUCCCAUGCCCCGCCUCAUCCUGGUUCGCCACGGCGAGACUGAAUGGUCCCUCAAUGGCCGUCACACAGGUCGCACUGAUAUCCCGCUGACGGCCCGCGGCGAAGAGCAGAUCAAGCUCAAGGCUCAGGACCUUGUCGGAGCAGGCAAACUCAUUGACACUGCUAACCUUGAGGUCGUACUUUGCUCGCCUCGCCAGCGCGCACACAAGACCUUCCACUUGCUCACUGAGCAUCUUUCGGAGACACCUGCGCAUAUAUUCCUUGAGGAUGUGGCUGAGUGGGACUAUGGCGAUUACGAAGGCCUUCUCUCGCACGAGAUCAAAGCGAAAGCGCCACAGGGUAACAAGUGGAACAUCUGGGUCGACGGCUGUCCCGGCGGUGAAAGCGCCCAGGACAUGACCCUUCGCGUCGACCACGUCAUAUCUAUGGUGCGCGAGCGCCACACGCAGUGGAAGCUGCACGGCAAGUGCUCGCGCGACGUCGUCAUCGUCGCGCACGGCCAUUUCAACCGUUGCAUGAUCGCGCGUUGGCUUGGGCUGCCGCUCAUUGAAGGCACCAAGUUCAACUACGCACCUGGUGCCAUCGCUGUGCUUGGUUAUAACCAUGACAAUCUGGCCGAGCCGGCGCUCACGGCUCUGAACCUCAACGCGGAACUUUAG